AAAAAAGGAAAAAGUCAGUGCUACAAAAGAAAAGAAAAAGAAAUUUUUAUUAUGGAAUUUGAAGUUGGAGUCAAGAAAGACUUUUAUUGUUGUUAUUAUUGUUCUGUUCCUAAUUUCACUUUUUCUUUUCCUUAUUUUCCUUUUGUUUUAUUUUUAUUAUUAUUUGAUUUAUUUUUUUUCCUUCUUUCUUCUAAUUCAUUGUUCUUCUUCCAUAAUAAUUCUCAUCCUUUCCCUUUCUUGACUUUCACGAUAUUUCGUGUUUUUAAAGAGAGAAAGAGGAAAGCAAGAGAGAGAUAAGAUCUUUUCUUUUGAAACCCUAAAUUUUCCUCUUUGAUUUUGGAUCUGAUGGAGUCUGGUUCAGAAGAAGAGAAUAAUCAGAUAAAAAAUCAAAAUAAAAACGUUAACAGUUCCAAUGAAGGUAACGUUAAGCCUAAACGACAGAUGAAGACUCCGUAUCAACUCGAAGUUCUCGAGAAAGCCUAUGCUCUGGAGACGUAUCCAUCGGAAGCGACGCGAGCGGGGUUAUCGGAGAAGUUAGGAUUAUCGGAUCGGCAGUUACAGAUGUGGUUUUGUCACCGGAGAUUGAAAGAGAAGAAGGAAACUCGUUUAAAAAAACCUCGAAAAGGCGCAGCGCCACCACCGGAAUCUCCAAUCGAUGAGUUACGGGCCGGGCCGGAGCUGGACUACGGGUCCGGAUCAGGUUCGGGAUCUAGUCCGUAUAUGGACUCAAGGAAGUUGGGGGGAAGUUCUUCUCGGGGCACGAUGGAGGAUGCGCCAAUGGUGAGUAGGUAUUAUGAGUCGCAGCAGUCCAUAAUGGAGCUGAGAGCAAUUGCUUGUGUGGAGGCACAGUUGGGGGAGCCAUUGAGGGAUGAUGGGCCUAUGCUCGGAAUGGAGUUUGAUCCAUUGCCUCCCGAUGCAUUUGGAGCAAUUCCUGAGCCACACAAGAGGUCUGGGCACCCUUAUGAGAGCAAGCUAUAUGAGCGACAUGAUGGCCAGUCAAGCAAAGUUGCUGCAAGGGCUUUUCAUGAGUAUCAGUUUCUCCCAGAACAUUCGAGUCUUAGGUCUGAUGCAUACGGACAAGUUACUCAAUCUCAUUUUCAUGAAUCCCCAGUUGAUGGUGCAAGGGCUAGAGCUACAUCAAUUGUGCAUGGAGAGGAACCAUUGUCUAGGGUUCAUGGAUCACGAGUUUGUCUUUUACCUCAACAAGACAAGACAGGAAUUAUUCUUUCGUCAUAUCAAGUGGCUGAUGAUUCUCUUGCUGAAAGGGAGUCAUUUACAAACGGCAGAAUAAAUGCUCAGUCUAUUUCCCACCCAGUUUUGGGAUCUGAAGAUUCAUAUAUGUUGUCUGCUGGGCAAACCUUGAAUAAUGAUGCUGAUCUACGAAAUGAUAAGAAGCGCAAGAGUGAUGAAACUAUAAUUGCAAGGGAAGUUGAAGCACAUGAGAACAGGGUCCGGAAAGAACUUGAGAAACUAGAUAAUAAGAGGCGAAAGAGUGAAGAAAAAAUGAGGAAAGAAAUGGAAAGGCAUGAACGUGAAAGAAGGAAGGAAGAAGAGAGGUUGAUGCGUGAGAAGCAGCGGGAAGAAGAGAGAUCGCAGCGUGAGCUAAGGCGUGAAAUGGAAAGAAGAGAAAAGUUUUUGCAGAAAGAAUAUUUAAAAGCUGAGAAAAAGAGACAAAAGGAAGAGCUUCGCAGAGAGAAAGAGGAAGAGAGACGUAGAGUUGCCAGGGAGAAGGCAACUGCACGGAAAAUUGCUAAAGAGUCCAUGGAUCUUAUUGAAGAUGAACAGCUAGAACUCAUGGAGUUGGCUGCUGCUAGCAAGGGAAUACCCUCAAUUAUUCAUCUUGAUCACGAUAGUUUGCAAAAUCUUGAGUCAUUUAGAGAUUCUUUAAGCCUGUUCCCUUCCAAGUCAGUGCAAUUGAAAAGACCAUUUGCCAUUCAACCAUGGAUUGAUUCUGAGGAGAAUGUUGGGAAUCUUCUCAUGGCAUGGAGAUUUUUGAUUACUUUUGCUGAUGUUCUCAGACUAUGGCCUUUUACUCUUGAUGAGUUUGUCCAAGCUUUUCAUGACUAUGAUUCAAGGUUGUUGGGUGAGAUUCAUGUUGCUCUUUUAAAAUCAAUAAUAAAAGACAUUGAAGAUGUUGCAAGAACACCAGUGACUGGAGUAGGGAUGAAUCAGUACUGUGCUGCCAACCCUGAAGGUGGACACCCUCAGAUUGUUGAAGGGGCAUAUUCCUGGGGUUUUGAUAUCCGCAAUUGGCAGCAUCACUUGAAUCCUUUGACAUGGCCUGAAAUUUUCCGGCAAUUAGCAAUAUCUGCAGGAUUCGGACCACAGUUGAAGAAACAAAGUGCUGCACGGACCUACAUGGGUGAUAACAAUGAGGGUAAAGGUUGUGAAGAUGUAGUUUCUACACUACGCAGUGGCUUAGCAGCUGAGAAUGCAUUUGCAUUGAUGCGUGAAAAAGGUCUAUUAUUUCCAAGAAGAUCAAGGCAUCGCUUGACACCUGGAACUGUCAAAUUUGCAGCUUUUCAUGUACUUUCACUUGAGGGAAGCAAAGGAUUAACGGUGUUAGAACUUGCAGAUAAGAUUCAGAAAUCUGGACUUCGGGACCUCACAACUAGCAAGACACCAGAAGCUUCUAUUUCAGUUGCUUUGACAAGGGAUGCAAAGCUUUUUGAAAGAAUAGCUCCUUCAACAUAUUGUUUACGGCCUGCCUAUAGGAAAGAUCCUGCUGAUGCUGAGUCCAUACUUGCAGAAGCAAGGAAAAAGAUUCGGCAAUUUGAAAAUGGGUUUUUAGGUGGGGAGGAUGCUGAUGAAGUUGAAAGAGAUGAGGUGGAAAGAGAUGAAGACUCUGAAUGUGAUGUUGAUGAGGAUCCUGAAGUUGAUGAUAUAGCUACUUUGUCGAAUGCAAACAAAGAUGCUGAAUAUCAUAAGAAUGAAGUAAACACUUGUUCAGCAAGUGAAAAAGUCCAUGCAACUGAAGAUGCACUAAAUGUACCGAGUGUAUUUGAUAAGGAUUUUCCGUCAUUCCCUUCAAAUACUGUGAAGGAUGCCAAUGGUCCAAUUAACACUAGAACAUUUGUUGCUGGUGAGAAGAUUGGAACAGGCAAUCCUGAUCAAAAGAAUAUUGAAAUUGAUGAAAGCAAGUCUGGUGAGUCAUGGAUUCAGGGUCUUUCAGAAGGUGAAUAUUCUCAUCUUAGUGUUGAGGAGCGCCUUAAUGCCCUUGUUGCCUUAAUUGGUAUUGUGAAUGAAGGGAACUCUAUCCGUGCUGUGCUUGAGGAUCGUUUGGAAGCUGCAAAUGCGCUUAAAAAGCAAAUGUGGGCUGAGGCUCAGCUGGAUAAAAGUCGUCUGAAGGAAGAAACUAUUUUUAAAAUGGAUUUUCCAUCUGUCAUGGGAAUCAAGGCUGAAUCUCAACUGCCUAAUUCUGCCAUAGAGGGUAGCCAAAGUCCAUUUCCUGCUGCUGAUAAUAAAAAUGAUGAGGCAUCGCCAAGUAUGCCAGAAGACCAAAAACCCUUGCUGUGUUCACAAAAUGUUCAGAAUGACCUCAAUAGUUAUCCUGCUGAAAGGGCCUUGGUACUUCAAGAGGCCUCCAUGGUUCCAGAUAACUUCUGCACUCAGCAGCAUGGAUAUACUUCUAAAAGAUCACGCUCACAAUUGAAAUCAUACAUUGCCCACAGAGCAGAAGAGAUGUAUGUGUACAGGUCAUUACCACUUGGCCAAGAUCGAAGACGCAAUAGAUACUGGCAGUUUGUUGCUUCUGCUUCUAAAAAUGAUCCUUGUUCUGGCUGGAUAUUUGUUGAAUUACAUGACAGAAACUGGAGGCUGAUUGAUUCUGAAGAGGCCUUCGAUACCCUUUUGUCGUCUUUGGAUGCACGUGGAAUCAGGGAAUCCCAUUUAGGGAUAAUGUUGCAAAAGAUUGAGACUUCCUUCAAAGAAAAUGUCCGCAGGAACUUGCAGUGUGCCAGAGCUAUGGGCCGAAGUGGGAGCUCCAGUGAAAAUGAAGCUUAUGAAAUAGAUUCUAGUCCUGACCUUCCUGCCAGUUUUGACAGUCCUAGUAGUGCGAUCUGUGGAUUGAACUCUGAUGCAUCGGAGAUAUUACCUUCUUUCAAAAUUCAGCUUGGGAGAAAUGAAAAUGAGAAAAAGUCAGCAUUGAAGAGGUACCAAGAUUUCCAGAGGUGGAUGUGGAAAGAAUGUUAUAAUUCCUCGACUUUGUGUGCCAUGAAAUAUGGGAAGAAAAGAUGUGUGCAGCUGUUGGCUGUUUGUGAUGUAUGCCUUGCCUCUCAUAUUCCAGAUGAGAUGCACUGUGGUUACUGUCACCAGACGUUUAGCUCCAUUAACAAUAGUUUUAAUUUCUCAGAACAUGAGAUUCAGUGCAAAGAAAACAAGAAGUUAGACACCAAGGCUACUUAUAUUCUUGAUUCUUCUCUUCCCCAGGGAAUCAACUUGCUAAAGUCCUUGUGUGCUAUAGUUGAGGUAUCUGUUCCUCCAGAAGCCCUUGAAUCAAUUUGGACUGAAGGCCAUCAAAAGAUUUGGUCCAGGAAGCUGAAUGCAUCUUCUUCUGCAGAUGAACUCCUAAAGAUACUAACUCACCUUGAGAGUGCCAUAAAGCGAGAUCAUUUAUCAUCUAACUUUGAGACGACAAAUGAAUUAUUGGGUUCUAUUCUUCUAUCAGAGAGGGAUUCUACUGAUUCUGUGCUUCCAUGGAUACCCCAAACUACUGCAGCUGUAGCUUUAAGGCUUUUGGAGCUUGAUGCGUCCCUCAUGUACGUAAAGCGGGAGAAAGCUGAACCUUAUGAGAACAAGGAAGCUAGAGCAUAUAUAAAGCUUCCUUCAAGAACCUCUCUUUUCAUCAAGAAUAAAGAGCUUGACUUGAAAGAGCUCGACCAAGAUGAGCCUAUGAAAGAAGAAAACUUUGCUAACCUGAGUAACAGUAGGCGCAACAACUAUAAGCGGGGAAAAGGGGGUCGUGAACAAGGAUCUGGUAGAAAGUGGCAGAGGAUAGCAUCUGGUUCCAAAUAUCAUACCGGCAAGCGAAGUGCCAUACAAAACAAUAAUUUAAGUCUCCAUCUCAAACAGCAGGGCCAAAGAGCAAAUGGUCAGAGUUCUGGACGUGGCCGCCGAACAGUUAGAAAGAGAGCAGAAAGGAGAGCUGCUGAUAAUACUACGAUGACUUGUAUGGCUGAUUUUGUUAAACCUGAGGCCAGUGUUGUAUCUGCAAGAAACUUGGAUGAAGAAUGGAGGACUGGAAAAUUCAGUACGAUGCAAAUGGUAAAUCCUCCUGAUAGUAACAGUGCGGAAGAGGAAUCUGAUGACAAUGCCCAAGGUGAGGAAUAUGAACAAGGAAACUGGGAGCUAGAUUUUAAUGGUGCCACUAAUGGGUGGAAUGCAGAACCAAUAGAAGCUAGUGAUGAAGGUGACGAAGCUUAUGAAGACGAAAAUGUUAUUGAUCAGCUGGGAGAAGAAGAUUCAGAUGGAGAUUUGGAGAUGAGUGAUGCAUCAGAUGAAGUAGCAGAUAAAACUAGAAAUAAUGAUGGCUCGGACUCAGCAGUUUCUGAAGAUUAUAGUGAUUAAAACUGUUGCAUUUGGAAAAGAAUUUGGUGACGGAUGAGCUGCUUCAUGUUUUUAAAGUUGCAGCUUCAAAAGCGACAGAAUGAGGGCUGGGGGAUCAGAGUACUGACGCAGCCCCUUCCCUUUCGACCGUAAAGGUUAAGUAAUUAUAGAAGAUUAGAGAUUAAUACAGAUCUGAAAUGCGAUUGAUUGCAAAAGGUUGCCAACAUGAGGGCAUUCUUUUAGGAAUCUUUAAAAUGUCAUGGUUCUUUGCAUAACAGAAAUUUAUUAAUAAAGUUUAGGUAUUCAUAGUUUUCCACCAUGAAUGA